AUUCUUUCGAAGAGGAGCAAGAACCUGACGAAUUAGAGCUUGAUAUUAAUAUACCAGCAUACUUUGAAGAGUCUUUUCAGACUUGUGAAAAUUUUGAUAAUAGCUUGUGCAGCAAUGUAAAACCUGUGACAUUGCAAAAAGAAGAUACUUUUAGCAGUUUUGAGGAGGCUGAGUCUGUUGUGUAUCAGUUUUCUGAAUAUAAUGGGUUCAAAAAGUAUGAAGAUCUUCAUUGGUUCAUCAAAGCAAUAUGGGAGGAAGAAUCUAAUGCAUUAAUUAAUUUGUUUUGGAUGAGUCCGGAACAGAUUUUUCUUUGGUGUGAGUUUGGUGAGGCAAUUGGACAUAACAAUACUUCAGAACAAAUGAAAGAAAGUGUGUAUUAUGUCACUGUUUGUUCUACAAUAGAUGAUAUUAAAUUAAUUAAUGAUAGUAAACCUCUAAUAAAUAAGGAUAUCAAUGAUGAGCCUGAUUCAAUUAUUUUGUACGCUAGAUAUCUUAUAACAACAUAUUUGGAUCAGAAUGAGAUUGAGAAAGAUCGAUUUGAAUGGUUGCACCCAUUUAGCAAUAAUGAGAUAGAUAAUUCAGGCGAUGAGAAAUUUACUAAAAAUUUAUUUUUUUAUAGAAAAAUUUGGGGUCUUACUCGUGCUGCUAUUGACAAAUGCAUGUUGUAUCAUGAUGAAGAAUUUAUUCAUUUAAUAGAAGAUUAUUUAAAUAAGAUUCAUGCUAAAGAAAAUAAACUAAUUAGUGCGCAAGAAAUUCAACAUCAAACUGUUAUUGAAAAUGGCAUAGAAGAUAAAGAGAAUAUUGAUCUUUUAUUUAUGAAUCCUCAUAAAGCUGUAGUAAAAAGAAGGCCAUAA